AUGCCACUACCAACAUUCAGGGCUCCUUUGGAGAGUUCAUUCACCGUCGCAUGGAUCUGCGCCCUUCAAAAAGAAUACUUCGCCGCUAAAAAGGUUUUAGAAGAAGUAUAUACUGAUGCAAGUAUCACCCAUGCCCGACAUGACAAUGGACAAUAUAUCCUUGGCCGCAUCGGAAGGCUUAAUGUGGUGCUCGGGGUCCCUGUGCCAGGCAGUUCAGGAUCCAUUGAAGCUUUCCAAACCGCUUCAAUGAUGAGAAGCACCUUUCCCAGGCUGUGUCUCUUUCUUCUAGUCGGAAUAGGGGGCGGUGUCAAAACGAAAGACCAUGAUGUUCGGCUAGGAGACAUCGUUUUAGGGACCAAGAUAAUCCCGUACAGAUUUGGCAAAGAACUGCAAGAUGGAUUCAUAUCUACUGGCGACUCGAUCAAGCCCCUUCGAGAGCUCAUGUGGAUGCUCACAUCUCUGGAAGAAAAGAUCCGAGACGGUCUCAGCCUAGAGAAGGAAAUUGAAGACGCUGCAAAGAGAUUUGAUAUAUACAGGCGUGCAGACUAUGCUCGACCGAAAAGAGAUCGCUUAUACAAGGCCGACUAUCUACAUGAAGAUGGCUGCGAUUGCAGCAUUCACGUCGCGUCAUCGUCUCCCAACUUGAUUAGGCGCCGCCUGCGAGUCCCUUCCCAAAGAGUCGUGUUGCACCAGGGAAUCAUCGCGUCGGCUGACCAGGUGAUGAAGAAUGCAAUCAAACGAGAUAAGAUUUCCCGCGAUACAGGCUGUAUCUGCUUCGAAAUGGAAGCAGUAGGCAUGACGUACAUUCCCAACUCACUCUCGAUUCGGGGCAUUUCUGACUACUCGGAUGGACACAAGAACGACUCUUGGCAAGAUUAUGCGUCAUUGGGGGCUGCAGUAUGCGCCAGAGAACUUCUGCGAGCGCUUAGUCCGCUGGACUUGGAGCGAUGUCGGUUCUAUCUUUCACCAAAGGAGGCGGAUAACCAAAUUAGCGCGGCAGCCCACUUGGUAGAAGCAUACUCACGAACACAACAAGAGGACCCUGAGUCUCUUCGAGGCAUACUGAGGAAAUUGACAGAGCGGCAAGAACUGAUGGAACAACUCAUCAACCGGAAUGUGGAUGACUUGAAAAACUUGAAUAAAGAUGAUGGCGAUGACCCAAGCUCAAGCAAUCUCAUUGUGAACUGA